AUGUCUCUCGCGGCCGGUAGUUUGACCCUGCCACCCCCUGACCAUGUUUUCCCGUUUUCUCUGCAAAGCCGAAUCUGCUUGGGUCUCUGUGCCCCCUCCCGGGAACUUUAUGUAUUUCACAGUGCAAGAGAAGAUCUGGCCCCCAUUAUUGACCUUCAAUGGGACAUCAGCGGCCGGACUCCGUUCGGGACGAUCAAUCCUUUCCCAUUGGGGUCUGUUGCAGAAGAGGAGGAACAUUAUCCCAGCCCGCCGCAGACGGUUGAAGUCCCCGCGCGACCUAGACUAGAAACUGGAGCUUCUAGAUCGUUUCAGGGCGGCCGAUCAAACGAACCCCGACCUUCUGGUGGUCUGCACAGCUGA